AUGUUGCUAUCAAUCAAAGAGCUGGAGGAAGCUGCGGUCACGCACCCCGAAAUCGCUGAUUAUUUAGAGAAGAACCCACGACCAGCGUUCACCUCCGUCGACCUUGCCGUCAUGAGGAAGGGCAUGGAAGCGAUGGAGAAAGGCUACAACAUCUGGACAGCCCCUCCAUUCACGGGAUCUGAGACGUACCACGACAUCCCAAUGCGUGACGGCUUCAAAAGCUCGCUCAAAGUCCAGAGGCCGGCAGAAGGCGGAACUGGGCCUCUGAUCGUGCUCGCGUUCGGUGGAGGCUUCGUGGGCGGCACCAACGAGCAGUUCGAGAAGACAGGCCGGAUUCUCGUGAACCUCUUCAAUGCAACAGUCGUCAGCAUCUCAUACCGCGUUGCGCCAGAACACAAGUUCCCAGCCGCUCAGAACGACACCCAGGACUCCAUGAGAUGGAUCGCUGACAAUGCCACUGGUCCCGUUCUCCAAGCAGACCCAAAGAAAGGCUUCAUCAUGGGUGGCAUAUCCGCCGGUGGAGCGAUGACGGCCUGUUUUUCGCGCCUCUUUCAAGAGGAACCGCUGGCACACCCAUUGACUGCCCAGUGGCUCGCAAUUCCAAGCGUGAUGUCUGCAGACAGCGUUCCAGAGAAGUACAAGGACUACUAUCUCUCCACGACACAGCAAGCCAAGGGCAAAUUCUUCUCACAGGCAACGCGAGACUGGUUGAACACGCAGGUGGAGGCGGACUUCACCUCGCCGCUCCGCUAUGCCAUCAACGCCAAACAACCGCUGUCAGGUCAGCCUCGCACUUAUUUCCAAGUUGACGGAGCAGACCCUUUGAGGGAUGACGCGUUGAUAUACGACGAGAUGUUGAAAGAGGCUGGCGUUGAGACGAAGGUCGACAUGUACCCGGGUUGCCCACAUGGUCACUUCUGCUCGUACGCGGGGCUGGAUAUCACCAAUCGAGCGAACAUUGAUACCUUUGUUGGCUUUGGAUGGUUGCUUGGGCGAGAGGUUUCGAGGGAGGAGGCUUCUCGUGAGCUCGCGCUGUGA